GGGGUGUUCCCCCCCUUGCACGGGAGAGCAGCCCGGGAGGAGACAGGAGCGAGCCAAUCCUAGAGGAGGAAGGAAACAGCGCGCAAUUUAAAUCCGCAGGCGAUUGACGAUUCACUGGGCAGCAGCCGGUGCAAGUCGGGCCGGGCUGGGAGCGGCGGCUUUGUCCGAUCCCCUUUGAACCAAGACUACUCCAAGAAGCGAAGAGUGAUGGCAUCUGUGUUCCAAAGUGUCGGGGCUACAACUGGCUGGAGGAGCCACCAGCUACUGGCUGACUUUGAAAAUGAGAGUCCAGUGCCUGACAAAUUUAGAAAGAAGCCUUCUUCAAGCUCUCUCAAUACCCUCCGCAUGUCUCUGAGAAAGCGAAUGCCCUUAAAGCAAGUGGAGAUGAACCUCAGUGAGAAUCCAACUUGGGAAAGUCUGGAAGCGAAAGAGAAGCGACAAACCUUCCGGGCUAUCACAAGAACAGCAAAAAAUGCUUUUGGAACAGUGUCCCAGAAAAUACAGAAGUCCUGCCAAAACCGCACGCAAUCGCUAAUCAUCUCUCCAGCUAAAGCCCCUGCAAGGAGAAGUGGCAUCACUUGCUCUGCCAAGAAGAGAAGCACUUCACCUCGAACUCCUAGUCGGAAGAAUAGGCUGGCCACACUGUCCACCCCUUUGUCUGGUCCCACUUGCACCCCCGGGUCCAGCAGGAGAGCCUCUCUUUCAUCCAGAUCUGCAAAGAGCUUGGUGGGGAAAGAAUGGAGGAGUUUCUCUUACUGGCUUGGAAAAGAAGCUGUCCCUCUCCGGAGAUCAAGGAGAGCAGCAGCUCUAAAGAGCCCAUAUUCAUCACCUAUGCCUGCCAGCAGAAAGAGAGAGUUUGACUGCGAGUUAGAAUCAGUCUCUAUGGGAAUUCGCCGGCUGAAACGUCUUUCUCAGGUGUUCGAUGAUGUCAUUGUGAGAGAGGAGAGAGAACAAGCGAUAUCCAAUUAUCAGCAUCUAAUGGCACAAAACUUGCGAUCUGUGCAUCGGUCUCGGAAACUCUCCCAAUCUGCUUUCAGACGGCGUGCGAGGAGGCUGCAGCAUGCAGUUGGCACUUGGACUGAGAUGGCUUUAAACAGUAUUAACAACGUGUGAGCAAAUGAAGGAUUAACUAUCUAUGGGAGUUGGAGGGGUGUAUUGUCUGUUUGGAUUUAAGUGACUGUGCUUUGAAUAAGCCAUUAACCAUUUUUAGAAUACUACCUUUCAAUUCAGCUCCGGUUUAGCCUUCCAUGGAUUUCUCCUGCCAAUGGUGCAGGGAUUAUAUUAAAGUAUAUGACAUGACCACCCCCGUGGUAUUGCCCAGCAAUGGAACAGUAAACUGAACUCACUUAACCAGCACUUUCAAAUGGGACAGGCAUGAUCCAGUGUAUUGAACUUUAGGGCUGAGCUAAUUACUACUGAAUGAUUUUAAGGAAAGACAAUAGUAUCAGUGUCUGACUCCUGAUCUGUGACAUUGGGGAUACUUGCUUCCUAUACCUCCCUCAUGAGAUGUUGAGGACUUUAAGUUUCUACAGAGCUUUGGAAACUAAAAAAGCACCAAUGCCUAUGCUUUUCCAAAGUGCAUGAAUUUCAUUGAAUUUCAAUGGGAUUUAGUGGCCUUAAGUGCUUCUGAAGACUUUGCUGUGUGCCAAAACCAUAGUCUACAAAAUGGUGUCUGGCUGUGAUUUCAGUUACUGUGGGUUGACAUGGGGGGCUAAAUAAAAAUCAUGGAAUUCUGUAGUUACUCCAGAGUGACACUGGAGUUAAAGAAAUUACUGCCAAAGUGAAUUAAGAUAAAUUGAAUCAAGGCAACUUUAAUUCUGAAUGAGCGUGUCGACACAGGAAUUUAACACUGUUUAAUCCAUGCCUUUGGUUUAUUCAGAUUAGCUCUCGGGAAGGUGCCUGUGUAGAUAAACCCUGGGUGAUUGAAGUCAGAAUGUGUGACGCCCCCUGCACAGUUCACAGGGUUCGACUAACUAAUGUAUCUAUUCCAUUUUAACUAGUUUCAUUUUGAACUGCUAACAGUUGAGGCUUCAUUUGUCUUUCAUGCUACUACUAUAAGACAUCUCAACGGUGAGGUAAAUAUUGCUCUUGGAACAUGUACACACAACUGAAGACACUAACUGUUAAUAUACUAAAGUUGGAAGUAACACUUGUUGCUUAUUAUAAUGAUAUUUUUGUGCAAUGGCACUAGUUAAGUGUUUCUAAUAGCUUUUUAUGCUAACAUUAUUUUUAUAUCAAAAUAAGAAUGUCAGGCUCUAUAAUAGAGGUAAUCUUAGUUUAGCAAAAUAUUAAUUCUCUAACAUUUCAACAAAGCGAAGGAGUCCUGUUUUCCAUAAACUUCUAGAACUCGGCCCCAGUGCUGUUCCUUGAGCUGUAGCUUUUUUCUAAAGAGAAUAAGUAAACAAAGGGGUGUUUGUUGUCUUUAAAGCAAUCUGAGUCGGUGUGCCACUACAAAAUAUUGACAUUUAGAAGGUUUAAUCUUUAUGGCUGUUUAUAUGAAUUCUGUUGCCACUUACUAUUGGCUACAAUAUUGCCCUGCUUCAUUCUCCCUAAAAUAUUUUAGUGGUAUCGAAGUCCAAAUUUUGUAAGCAAUCCUGCCUGAAUGCUGCUCCAGCUAUAUUUAAAUUGAGAUUAACUUUUUUUUUUUUUUGCCUGUUGACAAACCAGACUGUUUAAAAGGUAAAAUUUUGUAACACUGGGCUGGAACCCCUUCCUAUUUGGAUUUAAAAUGUAGAUAAGGGUUAUUGUUUUAAGCCAGAGGAGAGCUUUUAUUUGAAGUUUUACUUGUAUGUACUGAUCCUUGACAAAAUAGACUUUUCAUAAUA